UUGUACACGUGUAGAUAUCUAACCUUAAUCUUUCAUGAAAUUUUUAAAAUUUAAUUUAUUUUUUUAUGUACAUGAGAAUUAAUUUAUAAAAAAUUUUUAUAAUUAUAUAAAAAAAAAUAUUCAAAUUUAAUUUUUAAUUAGUUAAUAAUAUUUUUAAAUAAUAAUAUUUUAUAAUAAUUAUAAUUGAUUAUAAAUACAAAAUGGCAAAAUCUCAUGUAACAAAUAAAGCUCCUAGAAAGGAGGGAUUUAAGCGUUCUGGACACAGUAUGAAUCCUGAACGAUCUAUAGAAGGAUUAAAGGGUGUAGCAAAAGUACGCACAAAAGCAACAAUUAAAAGAUUGCAAAUGUAUCGUAAUCAAAAACCAAAGCGUGAUCGUAAAGGACAUAUUAUUAGUCCAGCACCAUUUCAAGGUUGGCAACCGUCUGGUACUAUGUCUCGUGUAGAACCUUCACAAAAAUGGUUUGGUAAUUCAAGAGUUAUUUCUCAAAAUGCUUUACAAAAGUUUCAAAAUGAAUUAGGAAAAGCAAUGAAAGAUCCUUAUAAUAUUAUUAUGAAACCUACACAAUUACCAAUAACAUUACUUCAACAAAAAGCUAUAAAUGCAAGAGUACAUUUAUUAGAUACAGAAAGUUUUGAAAGUGUUUUUGGUCCAAAAAAAAUACGAAAAAAACCAAAUUUGAUAAUAUCAUCAUAUGAUGAAUUACAAAAAUUAGCAAAAGAAAAGGAAGAAACAUAUAAUAUGGAAAAGGACUCUAAAGAUAUUGAUCUUAUACGUCCAGAUGAUGGUAUUAGAGAAGCUCAAAGAGAUUGGAUUAUGUCUGCAGGACAAAGUAAAAGAAUUUGGAAUGAAUUAUAUAAAGUUAUAGAUUCAUCUGAUGUUAUUUUACAAGUAUUAGAUGCCAGAGAUCCUUUAGGAACUAGAUCACCUCAAAUAGAAAAAUAUCUCAAAACAGAAAAACCUCAUAAACAUUUAAUGUUUAUUUUAAAUAAAGUAGAUCUUGUUCCAACAUGGGUAACACAAAGAUGGGUUACAAUUUUAAGUACAGAAUAUCCAACAAUUGCAUUUCAUGCUUCUAUGACACAUCCAUUUGGUAAAGGUUCUUUGAUAAAUUUGCUGCGUCAAUUUGCAAAACUUCAUAUUGAUAAGAAACAAAUCAGUGUAGGUUUUAUAGGAUAUCCCAAUACAGGCAAAAGUUCAAUUAUAAAUACAUUAAGAUCAAAAAAAGUAUGUAAGGUUGCACCAAUAGCAGGAGAAACAAAGGUAUGGCAAUAUAUUACUUUGAUGCGACGUAUUUACUUAAUAGAUUGUCCAGGUGUAGUUUAUCCAUCAGCAGAAACAGACACAGAAAAAGUUUUGAAAGGUGUAGUAAGAGUAGAACUUGUUCAAAAUCCUGAAGAUUAUAUUUCAGAAGUAUUAUCACGAGUAAAAGAAGAUUAUAUUCGUAAGACUUAUAAAAUUAUGGAAUGGGAUAAUCAUAUUGAUUUUUUAGAAAAAUUGGCACGUAAAAGUGGAAAAUUAUUAAAAAAAGGAGAACCUGAUAUCACUAUUAUUUCACGAAUGAUUUUAAAUGAUUGGCAACGUGGUAAAUUGCCAUUUUAUGUUCCACCUCCUGGUUUUGAAGAGCCAUUGAUAAACAUAAUGACUGACGAGCUUGCAAUUGAAAAUAGUAUUAAAAAAGAUAACGAUAUUAAUAUAAAUAAAAUUAGAAAUACAUCAAUUCAGAAUAAAAAUCCAUCAAAAGAAAUAAUUCAAUUAUCUGUAGUACAAGAUUUUCGAAAAAUUAAAGUUGGUUUACCAUAUUCGGGUGAUGAUAUAAAAAAUAAUUUAUAUUUUGAAUCUAAUUUUUCUGAUAAAAAAAAUAAUGAUAUGGAAGAAAUUGGAUCAGUUUUGUCGGAUUUAGAUAAUAAGAAUGAAGAAACCAUACAAUUUGAAGAAAUAAUAGAAGAUAAAGAAAUUGCUCAAAAUCUAGAAAAUAAAAAUAAAAUAAAUAAAGAAUAUUCUGAUGAUGAUAUUCAUUUGCUAUUAGAAAAAGAUACUUUAUUACAAAGUAUAUAUGAUGAAGUGGAAAAAGAAUAUGAUUCUAGUGAUAGUGAAAUUUUGAACACAAAUACUAUAUCAAGUAGUGGUAUAUUUAAAAUUUCUUCCAUAUCUUCUAAAAUGGAAUCAUUAAUGGAAAAAGGAAAAAAAUUAACAAGUAAACAAAGACGAGCCAUAGAAAGAGCCAAUAAGAGAAAAAAAAUUGGAAGUAAUUUUUAUGAAAUUACUAAUGUAAAAAAUAGAAAUAGAAAUAGAAAAAUUCCUAAAAUUAAAAGAAAAUAAUUUGCAA